UCAAACUAUUUACUACAAACUCAUUUUUUCUAUACAAAUCAAAAAUGAAGGUUUUGGCAGUUUUAUUGUUGACUUGCUUGGCAGCAGCUGUUGUAUCAUCAGCCGCCGUAGCCGAUGAACCAGCCCAUGAAACCCAUGAGCACCACACCGAGGGUGACCAUGAACACCAUGAACACCAUGAAGAACACGAAGUAACUUGCGGAGAAAACGAAAAAGCCAGCGAAUGCGCCACACCAUGUGUCACCACUUGCGAAAAUUACGACUCUCUUCAUUUCUGUGCUCCUUUGUGUGAUGGACCCAAAAAAUGUGUUUGCGAAAAGGGAUACAUCAGGGAUGUCGAAGGAGGAAAAUGCAUUUUGCCAACCGAAUGCCCCAGCAAGACCGAAUAAAUUUAGAGUUAGGAAGAUGUCACACUUUUUUCCAAAUUAUUCUGACCAAGAAGUUUAUUAAUGUUUAUCUGUAC